AUGAACUGUCUACUCGUCUUUCUCAGCCUUUUCGCGUUACUGACCAUUCCAACGGACGCCCAGUGGGGUUAUUAUGGCUCUCCGUUUUAUAACUAUGGCGGUGGCGGUCUCGGAUAUGGCUAUCGUCCAAACUGGGUGACUGGAGCUAUAGAUGGAGCAAUUAUAGGAGGACUAGUGGGAGCAGUGGUAGGAAAGAAGAAGUAA